AUGGAACCUAACAAAGUCGAUUGUCAAGUGCUAGAAAAUGAAACCAAAGGGAACAAAAAUGAAGAAGUUAAUCAAGUAAUAUGUGGAUACGAUAGUUUUCACGAUUACGUUCAGGAUACAUUCGAUACCAUAAAGUUUGGAAUCAAAAGUACUAAUGGUUUACCAAUUGAAUCAAAUUUUAGUUAUUACUCGUGUUUUCCAAAUUUCCUUAAGGGCAAGAAUGAAAAUACGAAAUUGUUGUUGAACAUUAUGCAGCAUUUAUUAGGUACAGUUGGCAUGAAAAGCAACAUGUCGCAUCGUGACAUUGAAGAAAAGUUUGAACUUUUAUUAGAAACAAACGACAUAUUUUUAGACAGAGCUAACACUUUGAUGGACAGAGAAUGUGGCAUUACUAAGAACUCGGAAGUGGAAUUGGUGGUAUCGCGUGUAAUGAGUCAGCCGAUUAAUGGUGGAUGGAACGAUCAAGUUUGUCGGUCACAAGUCACGGAGAAUUCUCAGUCCAUUCGUUUAUUGGCUGGUAAAAAUGUCCAGAGGCCACAAAUAAUGUUCAAAGACAAAAUUGACAAUAGUUUGAAUCCUUGGUGUCCAAGAAUUAAAGACAAACCAAAUUCCUUGAAACCUUUGGCUAUUUAUUUAGAAGAAGGUGAAGAUGGUGAAGUUUUUAAUCACCCUUAUGAAUAUGAACUGGACAUGUUUGUCCCCCCUGGCGAUCAAUUGGAAAAAUCAGAACUAACUAAAUAUAAGUCCCUGGAAGAAACACCCCUAAUAAUCAUGAAAAACCCAUCAGAUAUCAAGUUAUUGAUAGAAGAUUUAAAACGGUACAAAGAAAUUGCUGUAGAUUUGGAGCAUCACUCAUACAGAAGCUUUCAAGGAAUUACUUGUUUGAUGCAGAUUUCGACGAGAGAUACAGAUUAUUUGAUAGAUACUCUAUCGUUGCGAUCUGAAUUACAUGAGCUAAAUGAGAUUUUUACUAAGCGUACGAUAUUAAAAGUUUUUCAUGGUGCAGAUUUAGACAUUCAGUGGCUUCAGAAAGAUUUGUCUCUGUAUGUAGUAAAUAUGUUCGAUACACACCAAGCAGCGAAACAACUUCAUCUGCCGUACUUGAGUUUAGCAUAUUUACUAAAACGUUACUGCAAUGUAGAUCCUGAUAAACAUUUUCAAAUGGCUGAUUGGCGCAUAAGACCAUUACCGGAUGAACUUAUGAAAUACGCUAGAGAGGACACACAUUAUUUAUUAUAUAUAAAGGAUAUAUUAAAAAAUGCUUUAAUAGAGAUUGCUCAUGGACAAAUUAAUAUUUUGAAAGCUGUGUACGAUAGAAGUACAGAGAUUUGUAAAAAGACUUAUAUUAAACCGGUAUGGAAAGAGGAAAGUUGCAUGAUUAUAUAUAGAAAAAGUCAGAAAAUGUUUAAUAACAAACAACUUUAUGCUUUAAAAGAAUUGCAUAAAUGGAGGGAUCAGACCGCCAGAGAAGAAGACGAUAGCAUCGCUUAUGUAUUACCAAAUCACAUGCUGUUGAACAUAGCUGAAACAUUACCUCGUGAAAUGCAAGGAAUUUUGGCGUGUUGUGAUUCGAUUCCACCGUUGGUUCGACAGAAUUUGUUAAAACUACACAAAAUAAUACUGAAGGCUAGGGAACAACCACUUAUUAAACCAGUUAUUGAAGAAGAUAUCAGGCAAAGACUGACACAGAGAAACAGUAUCAACAAUUCAGAAGUGUGGAUGCAUUCUCGUCAUGAUAUUCCUAGUGGUAUGGAAGCAAGGGCAGACUUGCCAUGUUUGUUGGAUGAAGAUAAUAACACGUUAGAAAAGCCAAUCUCAAAUAUUACGGUAGAACAUACAGUGACUGUGUUUGACAGUCCAGUUUCAUCUGAGGACGAGGAGAUGGAAAAGGACGAACAAAAAGGUACUGGAAAGAAAAAAAAAUUUGUCUUUAUAAGCCCGUUUGAACGAUACAAACGGGUUAUACCUAUGAUAGCGGAAGAAGAAGCACGAGAAAGAGAAAGGCAAAGAAAAGAAGAAGAGAAUAACCUAAAGAAGAAAGAGAAGGAGUUGGAAGAAAGUAAAAACCGAGUUUAUGAACAUUUUAAAAAAGUUUCUCAAAUCGUGGCAGGAGAAAGUAUAUCGGAAUUACCACGAAAAUCAUCUCAGAUUCCACUGAGUCAAAUGUCGGGACGUAAAAGAAAACGAGAUUCAAACAUUAACAAACAAGAUGAUACACAGAAGGAAAAAGCUGAAGAUAACUCGUUAAAUCUAGCCUCGCUGGAAACCAGAAUUAGUUGCCAUGAAAAGCAAGAUUCAAAUGAAACUGAGCAUUUAAGAGAAAAAAGUAUAAACCAGAAUCAGAAACAAAUAUCGAAUAAUGAAUCUGUUAAUUUGUUACGGUCGAGAAAGAAAGGGGAAAAAAAUCGUAUAAUUAAGGAUUUAAAACAAAAAGACAUGAUGCCGUCAAAAGUAUUCGACUAUAAAGCUGUAGAUUUCAGUACUUUCCAAGGAGGUAGUAAAAACACGUCGAACCAAACAAACUUUGAACAAACAAUGUUUCCUGCAAUUUCGGCCAUGCAGAGUCAUAUCUUUGAAACGAGUGCAAAAACAGACACACGCGGGUAUCAUGUAGAAAAAAAUUUAUCAAGUUUUCGUAGUAAAAAUUCAACAGAUUUUAUUUUUCCAAUCUUGAAUUCCUCGAGUUUUGCUCACUACCAAAUACUUUCCAAAGAAAAUCAAGAAGUGGAUUGUUUUGGCUUGGGAAGAGGAUUAGCUACAAUCUUGGAAUGGCUGUUUCUGAUCAAUCCAAAUGGAACAAAUGCUUUGAAUGUUCAAUUUUUGCUUUCUUCGAGAAGACAACCACACCGCGUUCAGGUAUUUAUCGGUAAACAGUUUGGUUUGGAGUGGACAGAUUUUCAAAUCGAGCGAAGGACAAUUAUGAUAGUUCACGGAUUCUUGUCGAAUGGCCAACAAUCGUGGAUCAAUGAAAUGGAAAAGGCAUUUCUUCAAUGGGUGAUUACAUUACAUUUAAAUUAUCAAAGACGUUAACGUCGUCGUCGUAGAUUGGAGUGCCGGGGGCAAUACUUGGAACUACUACAAAGCGGCAGUUAACACACGAGUAAUAGGUUAUCAAAUUGCAAGAUUUCUAGAACAUGUACAGAACACAAGCAUGCAUGAGAAUGAUUGGGGACCAUUGCAUUUAGUAGGCCACAGUCUUGGUGCACAUAUUUGCGGAUUCGCCGCGAAGGAACUGAAGAAAAAACAAAGUAAAUGGAGAGUUGAAAGAAUAACAGGAUUGGAUCCUGCACAACCUUGUUUCAGGGACGUUGAUUUCACGAUGAAGCUUCACAAAUCUGAUGCAUCGUUCGUUGACGUUAUCCAUACCAAUGGGAAAUUGCUCUCGCAAAUAGGAUUAGGUUUACCAGAACCGAUAGUGAUUAAUAAGGCUGUGUGCAGUCACGGACGUUCGUACGUUUACUUGACGGAGUCGUUGAUAUCCGAGAUUAAGCACAAUUGCACCUUCUGGGCACAUCAUUGGGAUUUGUCGUAUCGAAAUUUGAUACAGCGAGUGGCAGCAGAGUUUUGCGAUAAAAGUACCUGUACCGAGAUGGGCAUAAACGCGAUGAAUUAUCCUCAGCGAGGGACAUUCUUUGUCACAACUUCCAACGUUCCACCGUUCUGCAGUAAGUAAGAUGUAUUGCCAUACACUUUUAUACAAAUGUGAAGCUACCAGUUGUAGUGAUAAAAAUCUUUUGAUAUUUGCAGUUAACGAUAGUCGCAUAAUUAAUGAAGUAAUGGCGCAAUUGGAGAGGGAUUACGCGGAUGAACUUUGCGAUUAA